GGUAAUGAAAAAAAGAUGCCACAGCGUGUGGCAGCACCGCAGGCACAAUAUACCGCUCAUGGCUGCAAUACCAAAGGUGGCUGCUUGCCACUGGGACUACCGCAACCGCUGCUGCUCGAGGAGAAGAAGUUUCUGUUGGCUGUGGAACGUGGCGACAUAGCAAAUGUACGCAGAAUACUGCAGAAGGCACAUCGGAAGCAACAUAUUAAUAUCAAUUGUAUGGAUCCACUUGGCAGACGUGCGCUUACACUUGCCAUCGAUAAUGAGAAUUUGGAGAUGGUGGAAUUGCUUGUCAUUAUGGGCAUCGAGACAAAGGAUGCUCUCCUACAUGCCAUCAACGCGGAGUUUGUGGAAGCUGUCGAAUUGUUGUUGGAGCAUGAGGAGCUCAUUUACAAAGAGGGUGAACCAUAUAGUUGGCAAAAAGUGGAACUAAACACAGCAAUUUUCCCACCCGACAUCACUCCACUUAUGCUGGCUGCACACAAAAAUAAUUUCGAAAUAUUGAAAAUACUCUUGGAUCGAGGAGCUGCUGUACCAGUUCCACAUGAUAUACGUUGUGGUUGUGAUGAAUGCGUACGUCUGUCCACGGAGGAUUCAUUAAGACAUUCUUUAUCACGUGUUAACAUCUAUCGUGCAUUAACAAGUCCAUCACUCAUUUGCCUGACAUCAACUGAUCCAAUACUGACAGCUUUUCAUUUAUCAUGGGAAUUGCGAAAUUUAGCUUUUACUGAACAGGAAUGCAAAUCUGAGUAUAUGGAAUUACGCCGCCAAUGCCAACAAUUCUCUGUAGACUUAUUGGAUCAAACGCGCACUUCAAAUGAAUUGGCAAUUAUAUUGAACUAUGACCCGGAGCUAUCCGCAUAUGAGCCUGGUGACCGACACACUUUAACGCGUUUAGUGCAGGCCAUUUCCUUCAAGCAGAAAAAGUUUGUUUCUCAUCCAAAUAUACAACAACUGCUCUCGGCUCUUUGGUAUGAAGGGCUGCCCGGCUUCCGUCGUAAAUCUGUUAUGGAAAAAAUCUUUUGCAUCAUUCAAAUUACUCUCCUCUUUCCGAUGUAUUGUAUGAUAUACAUGUUUGCGCCGAAUUGUAAGACGGGAAUAUUUAUACGAAAACCUUUCAUAAAGUUCCUCAUACACGCAUCAUCCUACUUGUUCUUUUUGUUUAUCCUCAUACUCGUAUCACAACGUGCAGAUGAUGAGGUGAUACGUAUUUUUGGCACAAAUCGUAUGAAAGCAGAGUUGAUGGAGGAACAGUCACGUCAACGUGGCAAAGGACCUACUAAGCUGGAAUUGAUAGUAGUUUUGUAUGUGUUCGGCUUUAUGUGGGAGGAAAUACAGGAAAUAUUCAGAGUUGGCAUAAACAGUUAUUUGCGAAAUAUGUGGAAUUUUGUGGAUUUCCUACGCAACAGUUUGUAUGUCAGCGUUAUUUGCUUGAGAGCAAUUGCCUAUAUUCAACAGGCAACUGAAAUUUCUCUUGACCAGAAAAUGGCAUAUGUACCGCGUGAAAAGUGGGACGAUUUUGAUCCGCAAUUGAUUGCCGAGGGUUUGUUUGCAGCAGCAAAUAUUUUCUCUGCACUGAAGUUGGUGCAUAUGUUUUCAAUAAAUCCACAUCUAGGGCCAUUGCAGAUCUCACUGGGAAGAAUGGUUAUCGACAUUGUGAAAUUUUUUUCCAUUUAUUCUUUGGUUUUGUUUGCUUUUGCAUGUGGUUUAAAUCAGCUUUUGUGGUAUUUUGCUGAUUUGGAGAAGAAUAAAUGUUAUGUCCUCCCCGAUGGUGAAGCUGAUUGGGCAAGUCAUGGAGAUUCAUGUAUGAAAUGGCGACGCUUUGGAAAUCUUUUUGAGUCAUCACAAUCACUUUUCUGGGCCAGUUUCGGCAUGGUGGGAUUGGAUGAUUUCGAGUUGACUGGCAUUAAAUCGUAUACUCGCUUCUGGGGUCUGCUCAUGUUUGGCUCAUACAGUGUAAUCAAUGUGAUUGUAUUGCUGAAUCUACUCAUCGCCAUGAUGUCCAAUUCGUAUGCGAUGAUUGAUGAGCACUCUGAUACAGAAUGGAAAUUUGCACGUACCAAAUUGUGGAUGAGUUACUUUGAAGAUGGCGCUACUUUGCCACCACCAUUUAACAUAAUUCCAUCUGCCAAAUGGCUAAUAAGAGUAUUUAGAAAAUCAAGCAAAGAAAUCGAUAGAAGACGCUCAAAGAAACGUCACGAAAAGGAGCAGGAGAAUGCUUAUGAUAAUAUAAUGCGUUCCUUGGUGUGGCGUUAUGUUUCGGCCCAGCACAGGAAAUUCGAAAAUAAUCCAGUAACUGAAGAUGACAUAAACGAGGUAAAAUCUGAAAUAUCGACAAUGCGAUAUGAAAUGUUGGAAAUAUUCGAAAACAGUGGAAUGGAUGUAUCAUCCGCUGGCAAAAAGGAAAAACCUUGUCGUGCCAAACGUAAUAAGGAUUGGGAGCGUCGACUAAUGAAAGGAUUCCAUGUAGGACCAGUACAAAUGACAUUAAGCGAAAAGGAUUUCAACGUUAAUGGUGAUUGUGAUAUGAAUGAAAUCAAAGUUGAAAAAGAACCUUCCAAGCCAGAGAAGGAAACACCUAAAGAACGUUUUCAGCGUGUAGCGCGUACAGUAGUGGCACAAUCCACUUGUCACAAGUGGAAUGUAGUGCUUAGUGGUGUAGCCAAAAAUUCACAAAUUGGACGUACCACCAAAGAAGGUUAUAAGGAUUUGCAACAUUUGGGCAAAGCAAUUGAAGAAGCAAAACGUCUCAUUUUAUUAAGUCCGCAAUCGCGUUCUGGUCGUGAGUCACCCAUACCAGUAGAGUUCGAAUAUGAGAAAACUGCCACACUUCUGGAACUCUUGAAUCAAAUAAGCGAAGAAAUCGACUGUAAUGCAGCAAUCAAACCUAUAAAGAUAUUAUCUGAUAAAAAACAAUCAACCGGCGCCAUUAGUUGUCCCUUACCUACAGAUGUGAAUACUAUUGUCAAGGAACAUGGUUUCAGUGCUGCUACUAAGCAAAUAAGUUUGAACUCAAAUAAUCAGAUGCAAUUAAAUAAGUCAACAGCAAUGAAGCAAAAUCAAAAAGUGUUUACGAAAUCCAAUGAGCUUAUACUGUCGGCUAGCAAAUUGGCAGCACCACCUAAAUCACAAGAACAGACAAUGAAAUUGUUACAAACUUCCACUAGUACUGCAGCAGUUGCCACGCCAAAGACAAGUGCUAAAAAAAUUGCACCAUUGGCACCCAGCGUCGCACAGCCACCGGCAUACAAACCGACACCAUUUUCAGUUGAACUCGGUCGUGCCGGCCGACAUCCCAGUUAUAAGCGUUCAACUGUUGCUCCACCUUAUGCUAACACUGGUGCUUUUGAUAUUGACUUUGUAGAUCUUGAUGACUCUAAUAGAAAUGAGGAAGAGUUCGCUUUUGCCGACAAUGUAUCUGAAGUUAGUUCCAUUGCUGCUGGUGUAAAUAGUCCAACAUAUUCGAGAGUGCAAAAACCAUUUAAAAGUGACAACACUGAACGUGACAACAUAACAGGUGGUGACAGGAGUAAACCACAAAGCACUGGUACAAAGGUCUUUGAUCACACCAAUGGAAAAUGGUUGUAAGCGGUUGUAUUCUAGAGUAAAAGGGAGAUGCGCAAUGAUGUUUAGAAGUUUUUAAAUUUUUAUGUCAAAAUAAUUGUGAAAAAAGUUAAUAAAUUCGUUAAA